UUUUACAUACACCUGUUCGUUUAAAAAACCGUUUAAGAAAGCACUUUUCACAUCCAUUUGAAACAGUUUGAUAAGUUUAUGAGCUCCAUUAUUAUGUAUUUGGAGGAUAAGUAUCCUCAACAUCCUUUGCUACCCACUGAUAUUCACAAAAGAGCUAUCAAUUUUCAGGUUGCUAGUAUUGUUUCCUCAUCUAUACAACCUCUUCAUAACCUAAAUCUCCUGCAGAAAUACAUCGAAGAAAAAGUUGGCCCUGAUGAAAAGCUUCCAUGGGUCCAGAGUGUAAUUAGAAAAGGCUUCACAGGUGAGAUUAAACUAACUUGCUCACCAGUUGGUUUUGAGAGGGGUUAAUAAAAUUAAUAGCGAAAGAAAUAGUUCCAUAGUUAAUGUCAAUUUUGUCAUGCAUUUAUUCAAAGUUAAAUAAAUUUCUUUACUAUUAGAGCCUAUUGCCAUAAUGGAUCAUUAAGGGAACAAGGUUUACUUUCUCAAUUUUAACUUUAUAGAUCCUUUUGGUCCAAACGUCAAGAACCAUAAGUUUCAUUUAUAUAACAUGGAAAUGGGCUGGUCUCAUUAAUUAAAAUUUUCUCCCGGUACCGUCUAUCAUACUACCCCUUAUCCUUAUUUGUGUUUCUACAAUAUUUGAUUUUGUUUUAUUCUUAAUUAAUUGAACACAUACAGUAUUUGGCUAUUAUAAUGAGAUGAGACCGAUUGAGUUAAAGUUUCUA